AUGGGUAAAAGAAAGUUGUCUAACGAGCAUGUUUCUGCUGUCGAAACUUCAAUUCCAGAACAUGCUGCCGAAAUUGCUGAACAACGCAGCAAGGAACAUCCAUUAGUUUUUGAAGAACCACUAGUUCAUCAUGAUGCUGGUGAAUUUUCCGGCAUGGUUCGCCAUCAAACUACUGCAGAAGAAGCUGAGAAAUUAGAGAAUGCCUCUGUGAAUCCGUUUACCGGAAACCCAUAUUCUGAAAAGUACUAUGGAAUCUUAAAAGUUAGAAGAGACUUGCCAGUGCACGCUCAAAGAGCUGAAUUCUUGAAAAUUUAUCAAGAAAACCAAAUCAUGGUGUUUGUGGGUGAAACUGGUUCUGGUAAGACCACUCAAAUUCCUCAAUUUGUGUUAUUUGACGAAAUGCCACAUUUAAGGAAUACUCAAGUUGCUUGUACACAACCACGUAGGGUUGCCGCUAUGUCUGUUGCACAGAGAGUUGCAGAAGAAAUGGAUGUAAAGCUAGGGGAAGAGGUUGGUUACUCCAUAAGAUUUGAAAAUAAAACUUCCAAUAAGACUAUUCUCAAGUAUAUGACUGAUGGUAUGUUAUUAAGAGAGGCCAUGGAAGACCAUGAUUUGAAGCGUUACUCCUGUAUUAUUUUAGAUGAAGCACACGAACGUACCCUAGCUACUGAUAUCUUGAUGGGUCUUCUUAAACAAGUUGUUCAACGUAGACCUGAUUUGAAAAUUAUCAUUAUGUCUGCUACCUUGGAUGCAGAAAAGUUCCAAAAGUAUUUCAAUAAAGCUCCCUUAUUGGCCGUUCCAGGUAGAACACACCCAGUUGAGAUCUAUUACACACCAGAAUUUCAAAGGGACUAUUUAGACAGUGCUAUAAGAACAGUAUUGCAAAUUCAUGCAACGGAAGAAAAAGGUGAUGUGCUAUUGUUUUUGACUGGUGAAGAUGAAAUUGAAGACGCCGUAAGAAAGAUCUCACUAGAAGGGGAUCAAUUAAUAAGAGAACAAGGUUGUGGACCAUUGUCUGUUUAUCCUUUGUAUGGUUCUUUGCCACCACAUCAGCAACAACGUAUCUUCGAACCAGCUCCUGAAUCUCAUAAUGGUAGACCAGGAAGAAAGGUUAUCGUAUCAACUAACAUUGCGGAAACAUCUUUGACUAUUGACGGUAUUGUGUACGUUGUUGAUCCUGGUUUCUCGAAGCAAAAGGUUUACAACCCAAGAAUAAGAGUGGAAUCUCUUUUGGUUUCCCCAAUUUCUAAAGCUUCUGCUCAACAAAGAGCUGGUAGAGCUGGUCGUACCAGACCAGGUAAGUGUUUCAGACUUUACACAGAAGAAGCGUUUAAGAAAGAGUUGAUCGAACAGUCAUACCCAGAAAUUUUACGUAGUAAUCUUUCUUCUACUGUUUUGGAGUUAAAGAAGUUAGGUAUUGAUGAUUUGGUUCAUUUCGAUUUCAUGGAUCCGCCAGCUCCAGAAACAAUGAUGAGAGCACUUGAAGAAUUGAACUUUUUGGCUUGUCUAGAUGAUGAUGGUAAUCUAACACCUUUAGGUAGAUUAGCUUCACAAUUCCCGCUUGAUCCUAUGCUUGCUGUCAUGUUGAUUGGCUCACCAGAAUUUUCAUGUUCAGAAGAGAUUUUAACUAUUGUCGCUAUGUUGUCGGUUCCAAGUGUUUUCAUUCGUCCUUCAAAAGAUAAAAAGCGCGCUGAUGAUAUAAAGAGUGCCUUCGCACAUCCGGAUGGUGACCAUUUGACAUUGUUGAAUGUUUACCAUGCUUUCAAAUCAGAUGAAGCGUACGAAUACGGCAUUAACAAGUGGUGUCGUGACAAUUUCUUAAACUAUAGAUCUUUAUCUGCCGCUGACAAUAUCCGUAAUCAAUUAGAAAGAUUGAUGACACGUUAUAACUUGGAAUUGAAUACGUCCGACUACAAUUCUCCUAAAUAUUUCGACAAUAUCAGGAAAGCUCUUGCAGCAGGAUUCUUCAUGCAAGUGGCAAAGAAGAGGUCUGGUGGUAAAGGGUAUAUUACAGUUAAAGAUAAUCAGGAUGUACUAAUCCAUCCUUCUACAGUUUUAGGACAUGACGCUGAAUGGGUAGUUUAUAAUGAAUUUGUCCUCACUUCAAAGAACUAUAUUAGGACCGUUACAUCAGUGAGACCAGAAUGGUUACUUGAGGUUGCACCAGCUUAUUAUAACCUUGAUCAUUUCCAAAAGGGUGAUAUUAAACUUUCAUUAGAGAGGAUAAAGCAAAAGGUUGACAAGAUGGAAGAACUAAAUAAGGAAAGGAAGUCCAAGUCCGGAAAAUCCAAGAAGUCGAAAAAAUAA